AUGCCGAACCUACCGAACUUUUUAAAAGCACUCAAAUUACAGUUUAAACCUGUUGAUGACGCGAAGAUUUUGAUACAAGCGAUCGACCUUUGCAUUGAGGCUAUAGAUACUAUCGAGACAGACCGAGAAUUGGCAAAGGAAAAGAUGCAACAAUUUUCAAUCUUGAAGUCAAAUGUUAUUAAGCAUAAAAACAAACUAUUAUCAAGAAUUAAAAAAACAGACGUAGAAAACUAUACCGACAUGUACACAACGCUCAUGACGGAUUACAAAGACCCUGCGUUAUUCAUGAGACGAAGCUUGGAAACGGGAAGAUUCAACGGCGCGCCAGUAAACGAAGGCGCACAGGACGCCAUUGCGGACUCACUGUCCUUCAGCGAAGAGGGCAGUCCAUUUAUUCAUAUCGGCCCCGCGAUCAGCGAAACCUCAUCCGAUUAG